AUGCCGCAUGUCACCCCCGAUCUACCGAGUUGGUCAAUCGACUUCGCAUGCUCCAACCGUGUAGGCAAGCGCCAGCUGAAGUGGUGGAAUCACUCGCAUCGAUACAGGCAGUUCUCGGCAGGUGGUAGAAUCGACCGCGAACAAAAGCUCGAGAAGGGAGGCUCAGUACCGAAGGUAUCAAGUGAUUGGACAUGUCUAUCCUUACCAGGUCUGCUGGUCGACCAAGUAGAGCAAGUCAACAGCGUGUACGAGGUUUCCGAUGAGGAAUAUCUUGACUAUCGGAAGAUACGGGACAUAAUGUCCGACGCAAGACAACUAGUGGAAGGACGGGAUAGCUAUAAACGUGAUCCGGCACAGUCAUGCGAAGCCCUGUGGCGGACCAUGAUCGGUGAUCUCGUCAUGGCUGAGUACCCUAUCGAACGAGCGAAAGCCACACACGCUUCGGAAUUUCUCGAGAUCGAACGCGCACUCAACAAUGAAGAAUUCCCGCAACAAGGCCACCAGUCUAAUUACCCUCCACACGGAAUGAGCGGGCUAUUUGAAUCUCUCUGUGGUAUGGUACCGAAUCAUGCUUUCUUCAUUACAAAGAGAGGUUACCUCGGUAUGGGCCCGCCUACUACCUUGCCGGGAGACCAGAUCUGGGUCUUUUAUAACGGCAACGUACCAUUUGUCAUGCGGAAAAGAAACACGGAAGAAGUUGAGAAUGGAUAUCAUGAACUUCGUCUUGUUGGAGACGCGUAUGUACACGGCAUCAUGGACGGCCAGGCUAUCUCAGGCGAGCACGUCACUCAGACAGCUCACAUUUACUAA